AUGGCGGAGCCAUCGGCCGACGGUUCGAUGGUCGUCGUGCUCAACAACGGCGAUGCCGCUGCCGCACCGGCUUCGGCAGCGUCGGCCGCUGUUACGACGACGACUACAAGCACGACAAACUCCGUGUCGAACGACAAAGAGGAUGAGGACGGCGAUGAUCCGUUCAGCGGGCUCGACAAGAGCUCGCUGCUCGCCGUGCUCAAGUUUCUCAAGAAGAACAAGCUCCAGGAGACCGAGCUGAUCCUGCGCAAGGAGGCCAAGCUCCUUAACGACCUGCAGGACGACUCGGCGGCGGCCCCCACCACCGGCUCCGACGUCACCAGCGUCCUCUCGACCUACAAGAGCGAGGGCGAUCCCGACAUCUACGAGGACAGCUACACCAGUUUCAAACGGUUCGUGGAGGCAUCGCUCGAUUCGUACCGUCACGAGCUGGCCAUGGUCCUGUACCCGGCCUUCGUGCACAUGUACCUGGAGCUGGUCUACAACGAGCACGAACGGCAGGCGCUCAAGUUCAUGGAGCGGUUCGGGCCCGAGCAGGAAGAGUACUACCAGGAGGACGUCAAGCGGCUCGGCUGCCUCACCAAGAAGGAUCACAUGAAGGGCAACGAAUUCAUGGACAACUUCAGGUCGGGUCAGUUCACGGUGCGCAUGUCUCGCGACACGUACAACUUUCUCAAGCGAUACCUGCAGGACAAGAAAAACUCGGUGCUGCAGAACAUCGUCCAGGAGCACCUCUACCUGGACGUGUACGAAGGGAUCGCACGGGCCAAGGCGCAGUUGGACGCGACGGCGGGCGCCUUCCUGGGCGAAGCGGCGCGUCAGGCGAACAAGGUCAAGGUCUACUACGGCCUCCUCAAGGAGCCCGAGCUGACGAUACCGCUGGACGAGGACGACGAAGGCGGGGAUGGCGAGGGAGGUGACAAGCCAAAGAAAAAGAAGCCAAAGAAAGACACGCUGCUCUCUAAGAAGGCACGCAACGACCCCAACGCGCCGCCCAACAGCCGGAUCCCGCUGCCCGAGCUUCGCGACGCCGACAAGAUGGACAAGGUGAGCGCCAUGAAGGAGGCCCUGAAGAGGGUAAGACUCGGACCCGAAAGUCUUCCCUCCAUCUGCUUCUACACCUUCCUCAACUCGUACCGGGGCGUCACAGUGGCUGAAAUCUCCGAGGACAGCACCUUACUGGCCGCUGGCUUCGGCGACUCCUCCAUUAGGGUGUGGACCCUGACCCCGCACAAGCUCAAGGGCAUGAAGUCUGCGCACGAGCUCGAGACCAUCGACAAGGAUGCCGAGGACGUCCUCUACCGGAUGAUGGACGACCGCAGCGGCGUCGACGUGCGCCACCUGCUGGGCCACAGCGGCCCCGUGACGGCGGUGAGCUUCAGCCCAGACCAUUUGUUCCUGCUGUCCUCGUCGGAGGACUCCACCAUCCGGUUGUGGAGCCUGUUGACGUGGACAAACGUGGUCUGCUACCGGGGUCACUGCUUCCCCGUCUGGGACGUGCGGUUCAGCCCGCACGGCUACUACUUCGCCUCGUCCGGCCACGACCGGACGGCCCGCCUCUGGUCCACAGACUCCUACCAGCCGCUGCGGGUGUUCACAGGGCACGUGUCCGACGUAGAUUGCAUCCAGUUCCACCACAACAGUAACUACAUCGCCACGGGCUCCAGCGACCGGACGGUCAGGCUGUGGGACGUCCUUUCCGGUGGUUGCGUGCGCUACAUGACGGGCCACAAGGGACGCAUCUACUGCCUCCAGUUCAGCAACGACGGCCGGUUCCUCGCCUCCGCUGGCGCCGACUGCAAGAUUCUCAUGUGGGACAUCGCGCAUGGACACCUGCUUGCCGAGCUGUCCGGCCACACGGACACUAUCUACUGCCUCUGCUUCAGCCGGGACACGGCGAUCCUCGCGUCGGGCGGCAUCGACAACUGCAUCAAGCUGUGGGACUUUGCACGGCUCAUAGACGAGAUAGAUCUCGAAGAUCUCAACAUCUCGCAUGCACCGACAGUGCGGACAAACUGUGACGGGCUCCUGUUGGGCUCGUAUCCGACCAAGGCAACUUCCAUCUUGGCUCUGCACUUCACGAGGAGAAACCUGUUGCUCGCGGCUGGCAUGUACCAGAGUGGUUCCUGAAAUUGGGACGGGGUAUCUUUUUAAAUUUCUUUUUUUUUAUUUGGAGGGUUCUGCCAUGAGGUGUAUGCGUUCGUCUUUCACUUCAGCACACUGACCAUAUUUUGGACAGCUCAUUUCUCGCAUUCUUAUACAUAUGUACAUAGGUUCAUGUUUCAUCGCUUUCUAGAAAAAAUAAAUAUAUAUAUCUAUAUCUG